CUCUGUGCAUAGAUGCCAUUGCUGGAAUCCUCACCUCAUCUUUGCAAGGGCGAUCUACACUUUGAUCACGGCCACCAGGAGGGAGAGGAAGGACUUCCAAGGCAGAGGGCUCAUGGUAAAUGCAAACCCCUGCUCCCUGGAUUCCACCCAGCACUUCCCUCCAGGAACUGGCUCGCUCUGAGGGGCGUGGCUGGGAGGAGCAGAAAUAAAGCUCCACAAGUAUGUGAGUUGUAAAAACUCAGGCGGCCUGGGCUCCUGUAUAAAUAGUCGAGUCUGCUCCCCGGCUGUGAGAACUGGAAACCUGCGCCCCCUGGCACACCUGGGCCUGCAUGCUCACAGAAAGGUGUCCACCCAGCGGAAGCCAUGAGAAUCCACAGCCUCCUCCUGCUCUCCUUCCUUCUCCUGGCUGCGCAGGUGCUCUCAGAAAGGGUCAGAAAGGGAGCCAAGAAUGCACCACACAACACAACAGAGGACGGUGCAUCUGCCCCCUCGGGCAAGGCCCAGAAUAAGCAGAGAAGCAGGACAUCCAAAUCCAUGACCCACGGCAAGUUCCUCACCAAAGACCAAGCCACCUGCAAGUGGGCUGUGGCUGAGGAGGAGCUGGGCAUCAGCCUGAAGGUCCAGUGCACUCAAGAAGAUCGAGAGUUUUCUUGUGUUUUUGCGGGUGACCCAUCUGGCUGCCUUGAACAUGACAAAGACCAGAUCUACUGGAAGCAAAUUGCCCGCAUGCUGCGCAAACAGAAGAAUAUCUGUGGGAACGCCAAGAGUGUCCUGAAGACCAGAGUGUGCAGAAAGAAGUUUCCAGAGUCUAACCUCAAACUGGUAAACCCCAGUGCACCCGGACACAUGAAGCCCAGGAAGGAGAAAGCAGAGGUCUCCCCAAGGGAACACAAUAAGGAUCAAGAAGUUUCCUCCAUGGGGCCAAACAAGGUCCAAGAGGACCUCGUGCCCAGUUCAGCUGUGACCCCGACGGUGGCUAUCAAAGAUCCGGAGUGCCUAGAGGACCCAGAUGUGCUCAACCAGAAGAAGGUCGCCCUGGAAUUCUGUGGAGAGUCUUGGCGCUCCCUCUGCACCUUCUUCCUCAACAUGUUACAGGCCACGUCUUGCUAGUGAAGUUAGAGGGAGCAGCCUCAGACGCGAGGAAUAACAUCACCGGUGUCCGCUGCAAAGUUCCCCGAGUUCCCCACAAGUGACAAACUUUCGUGUACCGGACUGCAGUGAAGUAUUUAAACAGUUUUUGUAAACUUUGUUUUUGUGUUUUAGGAUUUGCCUUUUUUUUUUCUUUCACAUCAUUGGAUGUACUUUUCAGACUCUUUACCUCAGUGUGUUCGUCUAUGGACCGCCAAUCUAAGUGCAUAUAAGGAGUGGAAAAAUCCUAGUGAGGAUUUCCACGCAAGGAAUUGUUGACUGUGUUUAUCAGGAUAAUAAAGUUCUGGGCAUUGUCAGAAACACCACCGACCACCGUUUCCUUUCUAUGCUUCUUGUUCCGAAAGAACUUGUGGCUCAUUGUCAACACGUUUCCAGAUGCUAGUAGAUAGAAGAUUGACUUUAGGGUCUGUUGGUCCAAAGUUCUCCCCCCAGACAAUCCAUCCCAUAUUUUCUUUGUACCCAAUGCCCUGUAUUGUUUGGUCUCUGUUGAAAUAUAACCACCAAGAUCUGUUUUCAAGUGGGAUCCCCUGUGCAUGGUGUCAUGUACUGACUUGUCAAGAUAUUGCAGAUGGUGAAAGAGGAGGUAGUUUUUGGA